AUGGCUCCAGCAUUGUUGCACAUCGAUGCCCUACCAAUUGUUGCUAAGCUCAACUUCGAUGCUUAUGCUGACGAGACCGGGCUCGUUGCCGCCAUUGCGGAGAGUCUGAAGACGUCGGGUGGCUGUAUCGUUCGAGGCAUAUACCGGCAACCCACGUUGGAUGCGCUGGAGUCGGAGAUUCGACUGCACCUCGAAGCCAUCAAGGCGACAAAUCAGAAGCGGGACAAAUUUGUGCCGUCGACAACGCGUAUGGUAACUGAUCUCCUGAGCAAGUCGCGUACCUACGCGUUGUCAGUCGCUGGGAACGACCUCUGGCAUCGUGUGUGUGAGCAGUUCCUCACGAGUCGCCUGACCAACUCCUGGUUACGUCACAGAUACACGCGAACCACAAACCUGACUGACAUUUCGCAGCAUGGCAGCGAAGCAAGGAUCAGUCUGAGCCUACCGCAGAUCAGUACGACCGUGAUAUUCUCGGUCGGCCCAGGAACGAAGGCGCAGGGCCUCCCUCGAGAUGACGACAUCUACCACACUCAACAUCCAGCGACAGGUACACACCAACAAGGCCGAGACACCAUGCUGUGCUUGUUCGUUGCUGGCAAGCAGUGCACGAAGCGUAAUGGCGCCACUCGAAUUAUACCUGGUAGUCACCUCUGGGAUUUUAAAGUCCCUCCAUCCAGCUACGCAAAGUCACCCGAGAUGUUCGCCCACGCUGAGAUGAUGCCUGGCGACGCCUUCUUCAUGCUGGGAGGUGCUUACCACGCGCUGGUUUACGCCGCAUUCGCAACGCGAGGGUAUCUGAGGCAGGAAGAGAACCAGUACUUGGCGAAUGAUUUGAGCAAAGUCGCCGAGCUGCCUUUGCGCGUCCAGAGGUUCGCUGGCUUUGGGUCGAGUAAACCGUACAUGAGCUGGAUCGGCAACGACAUGGAAGAGCCAAUAAAGCUGAUGAACUCAGGUGUUGAGAUGGAGGCUCCUGAGUUCUGGUGA